AUGUCUACGGAUAUUGUAUUAAUCUCAUCUCUUAAGUUUGCAACAAUGCAAAUCGAUCGACAUGUUGCAUUAUUCGUACUUCUAUUCGGAUCUGUAGGCAAUCUUCUUAAUAUUUGGAUAUUGAGCGAACGCUCAUUAAGUGAUAAUCCAUGUUCAACUUAUCUCUGGUGGUCUUCUCUUGCAAUAUGUUUUUCAGUUGCUGCAUGGACUCUUGUUGGUGCUAGCAGUGAUCGAUAUCUACGCAGUAGUAUUCUAGUUAAAUUUCGAAAUUUAAGCACGGUUCAAACAGCAAGACGAUUUUUAAUCAUUAUUAUUACUGUUUCUGUUCUAAUAUUCCUAGAAGUUUUCUAUUGUUAUGAGGCAAGUGUGCCUAAUGUUCCUGUAGCUUGUUAUUCUUUAAGUCUACCAUGUCGAUUAUAUAAUGAUUGGAUGCUUAUUUUGAUUCCUACGGUUAUACCAAGUGGUCUCAUGGCUAUUUUUGGUUCAUUAACAAUUCGCAAUAUUCGAACACGAUUUGUUCAACCAGUAAUGCAUGUAAAAUUUUCCAGUAAUACAACACAGCAUAAUUUACGAUUGCAAUUAAAUGAUCGUAAUAUCAGUCGUAUGUUAUUGAUUCAGGUUUCAGUUGUUCUUCUUAUGAAUUUACCAGUUGCAAUUCAACGUCUGUACGCCAGUUUAACAGCAAACUUUCCGAAAACUGAUCGUCAUGUAGCUAUUCAAAAUCUAAUUUAUUCUCUGGUUGUUUUAGUUUCUUUUUGCUCUUAUUCGAUAUCAUUUUAUUUAUACAUUCUAACUGCUUCAAUAUAUCGUGCAGCACUAAAACGUGUUGUUCGUCGUUUAUUACGUCGAAUUGGACUGUUGCAUUAA